AUGGCCACCUCAAAUACCACCGAAGCCCCUCCCACCCAAGAACAAGAACCCCCCUGGCACGCCUCCUUCCCCACCCCCUCCCUCACCCCAGACAUCUUCCCCGCCCGCCGCGCCCUCACCCUCCUAACCCUCAAAAUCGCCUCCCUCCUCCUAGUCGACGUCCGGCGCACCGACUACACCGGCGGCAGCAUCCGCGGCUCCCUCAACAUCCCCGCGCAAGGCUUCUACUGGAACCGGGGCGCGCUGUACGAGUUGGCGUACAAAGCGGAUAUGGAGUGGGUGGUGUUUACGUGCGGGAGCUCGAAGGAGGGGGGACGGGCGUGGCGGUGCGCGGGGUGGUUUUUGGAGCAUGUGAGACAUACGGUGGGGGAUGAGGAUAUGCAGGUUUUUGUGUUGGAGGGGGGUGUUAAGGGGUGGGUUGGGGGCGGGGAGGUUUAUAGGGGGUUGAUGGAUGGGUUUGUGGAGGGGGAGUGGGGGGAUGUUUUGGAGAAGGAGGCACAGGAGAAGAUGGUUGAGGGGGGAGAUGGGGGAAAAGUUGAGGUGCAGGCUGGGGCGGUUCAAGAAAAGGAGGGCGGAGAGAGCUCUACGAACGCCGUGGGUGGAACGACUGAGGUGAAAGAGAAGGUUUGGGCCACUGAAGCCUUCUUCGACGACUGA